UCCAGGAGCGUGGGUCCCUGCACUGUGCUCCGGUCGCUGACAUGGCUGUCCUCGGAGUGCAGCUGGUGGUGACCCUGCUCACCGCCACGCUCAUGCACCGGCUGGCACCCCACUGCUCCUUUGCACGCUGGUUACUCUGCAAUGGCAGUCUUUUCCGGUACAAGCAUCCGUCUGAGGAAGAGCUUCGGGCACUAGCCGGGAAACAGAAGCCCAGAGGCCGGAAGGAACGGUGGGCCAAUGGCCUUAGUGAUGAGAAGCCAUUGUCUGUGCCCCGAGAUGCCCCUUUUCAGCUGGAGACCUGCCCCCUCACGACCGUCGAUGCCCUCGUCCUGCACUUCUUCCUGGAGUACCAGUGGUUCGUGGACUUUGCCGUGUACUCGGGUGGCGUGUACCUCUUCACAGAGGCCUAUUAUUACGUGCUGGGCCCAGCCAAGGAGACCAACAUCGCCGUGUGCUGGUGUCUGGUCACUGUGGCCUUCUCCAUCAAAGUGUUCCUGACCGUGACCCGGCUGUACUUCAGUGCCGAGGAGGGCGGCGAGCGCUCCGUCUGCCUCACAUUUGCCUUCCUGUUCCUGCUGUUGGCGAUGCUGGUGCAGGUGGUGAGGGAGGAGACCCUGGAGCUGGGCCUGGAGCCAGGCCUGGCCAGCAUGACCCAGAACUUGGAGCCACUUCUGAAGAAGCAGGGCUGGGACUGGGCGCUCUCUCUGGUUAAACUGACCAUCCGUGUGGGUUUGGCAGUAGUGGGAUCCAUGCUGGGAGCCUUCCUGACCUUCCCAGGCCUGCGGUUGGCCCAGACCCACCGUGAUGCACUGACCAUGUCGGAGGAUCGGCCCCUGAUGCAGCUCCUCCUGCAUACCAGUUUCUUGUCUCCUCUAUUCAUUCUGUGGCUCUGGACCAAGCCGAUCGCGCGAGACUUCCUGCACCAAGCGCCCGUUGGGGGAAAACCUGUCACCUUGCUGUCAGACUCCGCCUAUGACUCCAUGUGCCUAGCCAAGGCCCGCGUGGAGCAGCUGAGGCGAGAGGCCGGCCGCAUCGAGGCCCGUGAGAUCCAGAGACGGGUGGUCCGGGUCUACUGCUACGUGACAGUGGUGAGCCUGCAGUACCUGACGCCGCUCAUCCUCACUCUCAACUGCACGCUGCUGCUCAAGUCGCUGGGUGGCUACUCUUGGGGGCUGGGUCCAGUCCCCCAAACAUCCGCUGUUGAGUCCUCAGCCAGUACCGUCCUCAGCAGCCCGGGUGAGGACGAGGUCCAGCAGACGGCAGCCCAGAUCGCGGGGGCCCUGGGUGGCCUGCUCACGCCCCUCUUCCUCCGCGGCGUCCUGGCCUACCUCAUGUGGUGGACGGCCGCCUGCCAGCUGCUCUCCAGCCUCUUCGGCCUUUACUUCCACCAGCAGUUGGCGGGCUCCUAGCUGCCUGUGGACCCUGCCGGGCCAGCCGGACAUGGCCUGGUCCCUCUGUGCGUGCCUCGGUGUCCCCAGCUGCAAGAUGGGGCUAGGACCUCCUCAGUCCCUUUCACCGCAGUGCCUGAGCCAUGGCCCCUGCAGACCCAGAGUGGCGGACCUGGAGCUUCUGCCUGGAAACUUGUCUCCUUUGCUCACUGGGACAGAGGGUCCCAGGGGCAUUGUCCCUGAAGCGUGUGUGCCACAGUUGAGCGGGACCUGCUCUUCUGAGCAAAUAAAGGAGCAGGCUGGUUUUC